GUUAUAUAUAAAAAAAAACACAUGUUUAAAGUACAAGAAAAUAUUAAGUGAAAUUUUGUGCACAAAUGGCGUUACUGAGAAACAAGCCUUUUAUGCUCAGGCAGUUUGUUUCGGUGAAGAUAUGUUCUUCUGAUGCGGUGUGGCAUCGUAAUAAGUCCUUUCACCACGUGUUACCCAAGUUUCCAUUUCCGAGUGGUGAAUCAUUGUCGCGCCAUCAGUUGGUCAAGGCAAGGCCACCGCCCAUUCUGCCCGAGCUCCUGUCGAAAUCGAAACGGUUGACUGCUUCGAGAAAGCGAGUCGACUUUUUACGCGAUGACUUGGGGGAGGACGAGGAGACAGUUUCGGCCGAGAAUGUAUCGACCAUGUUCGCUGAGAGCUCAGAAACUGCCAAGACGCCAUCGAUUAUGCUAACAGACAAAGUCGAUUGCAACUGGCAACUUAAGCCCCUAUCGGAUAUGAAGGCUAGCAAUACUCCGACUGAUGCAGCAGAUGGCGGUGCUGCCAGCUUAAACAGCAGUUCGUCAAGUCAUAAUGCCAAAUGGGACCAGCAGCAGCAACUGCAACGGCACCAGCAGCAGCAGCAGCAGCCGCAACAAAUACACCAGCAACAUCAGCAACAACAACAGCAGCAGCAGCAGCAGCAGCAGCAGCAACAGCCGCUUCAGCUGCAAAAUACGCAGGAUAUGCAGCAGAAACAGUUGGAGGACAAGUCAAGCCCGAAUCCACCACGAAAGCUGAAUCCGGACACGUAUUUUGAGAGAGUUUGUAAAAUUCAAAAUGAAAACGCGCAAAAGCUGAACGAAAACGAUAGAAAAGUGAAGGUACAUAUUAAGAAUGCGAAAAUACAUGAGCGGAUACACAAGUUGAUGCAGUUACAACAGCAGUUAAAGGAAACUGAGCCGAUACCCUACACUCCAGCACAGAAGCAGAAAAGUAAUCAGCUCGAACAGUCACGGCACACGCGAUCCGAUGUGGAGAUCCUGGAUAAAGUGCGACCCCAAAAGGCGAGCAAGUACACACGUCCCGUGUAUGGUGCAUACGCCAAGCACACGGAGUCGGAGCGCCAAGCAUACGCGCCGGCGCACGGGGGCUUCGACAAUGGGGAUAUACUUAACAAGGCGAUGCCGCAAGGGAAAGCAAUGCGUAAAAAGAAAGCUCUCUCCUUGCAGUCGAGCCAAUCACAGAGGAUCAAUAGCGCGGAGUCUGCCAUGUACAGGCUAUGCAAAGGACUGCUCAGAAAUGUUAACUCCAAAUAUUGACGCACGACGAACCGUUAUUCUGCCCAGCUCCAUUGGCAGCAGCAAUCGUCACGUGGUCGAACAGAUUUCAUGUUUAUGUCACUGUUAGAUAACUUUUACUAUAAGUAGCGUUUUCUGUAAACUCGUUUCUUGUCUGCAAAUAACAGGUCUCUUAAUCAGUUAA